AUGGCGACCGUAGCGGCCAUUAACGACGGCGCCGACAAUGCGACGUCUGGCGGCGUCACUGCGAACCUCAAUCUGACGCUAGCGCCCCCGUUCGUCGUGGCGACGCCGUAUCCUAGCGGAUUUUCGCAGACGCGAAUCACCGUCACGGCCGUGCUCGUCACGCCCCUCAUGGUGUUCAUCGUCGUCGGCAACGUGAUGGUCGUCGUCGCCAUCGCGCGCGAGAAGUCCCUUAAGCUCGUGCAGAACUGGUUCCUCGCGUCGCUUGCCGUCGCAGACCUCCUCGUCGGCCUCACCAUCAUGCCCUUCUCGCUGGCGCAGGAGCUGAUGGGAUACUGGCACUUCGGCAGCUUGUGGUGCGAGUUGUGGCUGGCCCUGGACGUGCUAUUCUCUACGGCUUCCAUACUGAACUUAUGUGUGAUCAGUCUCGAUCGAUACUGGUCAGUCACGCAGGCUAUGCGAUACAUCCGUAAACGGACGCCGUUCCGCGCCAAGUUGAUGAUAGGUACGGCGUGGAUCGUAUCCGCUAUCAUAUGCCUGCCGCCGCUGAUGGGGUGGAAGGACCCGAUGCCGGAUGGAUACUUUCCGAUGUGUAUGGUCAGUGGGAGGCUAGACUACGUCAUUUAUUCGAGCAUGGGCUCGUUCUGGAUCCCGUCGGUGGUCAUGCUGAUCGUGUAUGCGCGCGUGUACGUCGCCGCGCGUCGGAGAGCGCGCAGGGCGCUGCGUCGGCGCGACACGACGCGGCACGUCUGCGACGACGUCGAGACGACAACGUUCGUGUCGACCGCCGUGCCGUCGACGACCGUCACGCAUGUGCAGCAGACGUCGCCGUGCGGCGACGACCUCUCGCAGAAGAACGACAACUCCGAUUCGUUCGCCGACUCGACGGACGACGCGCGCGCGUCGCAGCGCCGGAAGCCGGCCGACGACGGCGAACGGACGCCGCUCGGCGACGCGAGACGCAACGGAAGCGUGCAAACGACCGACGCCGAGCCGAAGACGGUGACGUUCGCCGACCGCGGCGACGUCGUGCAAAACAAUAGGCGUUUCGAGUGCGUGACUCCGCCUGCCGACAACGACGUGUCGAGCGAGGAGCCGCGCAAGGCAAGCAGCGUCAUCGUCAGGUGUAAGUCGCCGUGGAUAACCAGCCUGACGCACUCGUCCGGCAGGGCCAGCCUCGCUGCGUCGCAGAACGGCGGGACGGUGACGCAGCUGAAGCGGGACGCAGACCGACAUAAGAAGCGUCUUGCGCGCGCGAGAGAGAAACGCGCGACGCUUGUGGUCGGUGUCGUCAUUGCAGCUUUCAUGGUGUGCUGGACGCCUUUUUUUACGGUGUACGUACUCGACGCGCUAACAGAGAGGUUUCAUUUGACUCCGCUCGAGUUUUCGAUUAUUUUCUUUCUGGGAUAUUGUAACUCGGCGCUGAAUCCAAUCAUCUACACGGUUUUCAAUCAAGACUUUAGAAAAGCAUUUAGAAAAAUGAUAACGUGUAAGACGUGACAUUUAACACGCCAGCGUCAGUGUCAGUGGACAUAAAAUGAGCUCAUUUUUACGCUGGAACACCCACCUGAUCUGUUUAUAUGCAAAUAUUUGAUUUCAACAUAUAUAUAUAUACUAGUCCAUUUACUGGGUUAUAAAACUCCUAACAUUUAUUGCUAUGAAUUCGCGUAGUUUUGAAUGUGCUGUAUUGAUUAAUUUAACGAUUAUUGUUUAUUCAGGUAGCAACUAGUUUAAUUUAUCAUUUGGUUGGGGGGUCAUAAUAAAAACACCAGAUACCACUAUUAAUAUUCUUUUGUGAGACAUAAUGACAAUUUUGUAAUUAAUAGUAAUAUUUGUUUACAUCCAAUAGAAUUGUCUGUGAAAAGCUUCAUAGUAAGUGUAUUAUAUGACGUCAUUAUGACGAUAAUGCCUUAUUUGGUAAGAUUAUUUUGGGAAAGGAAUGACGGAAUCACGCUAGUGAAAUAUUGUUGCCAAAUUUGCGAAAGAAAUCUAGUUACAAAAAUUAAUCUUCUUGUGGACAAACGUCAUCUUACAUUAUUUAUAGCGCUAGUUUCACAAGUGCAUAUAUCCUCAAGUGAUUCUAAGUUCAAAGUACUGUCACCUUU